CCUAAGUUAGCGGAGCGGAACUCUGUGAUAAGUGCUUUUUGGUGGCUAAGCCAAACAGCUUGAACUCGGUUUCUGGAGAAUAAGGGUUUUCUCUCUCUGAUGCAUGAGGAUUCAUUUUUCUGAGCAUACGCACAUGCUGAGCCUGACUCAGUACCCAGCCGGGGUAAGCCUUGCCAGCAGAGCCCAUCCUCCGGAGCGCCAGCAGAUGGGGUGCGGAGCGCGGCCGGCGCUGCGGCGUGCGGAGCCGGCUCCGGGCUGCGCCAGGCUCCCAGGAAAGGGAACUUCCUCUUUAAAGCUACGGAUUACUAAAUAAGGAGGAUUUCUGAUGGGCGGAGUUUUCCCUUGAGCAGGCUAGAUAAAGGCUUGCGGGAUUUACAGACCUCUCAGACUGCAAGCAGCAUGAACUGCAGCCUGCCAGGCGGAGUGCUGCUCAGCUACGCGAUGGCUGGACAGCGGGACAGGUUGUGCCUUCAGUCUCUUUGGGACUUUGUCACAGCAAAGGAGCCAUUGAUCAAGUCACCGUUUUUCCCAGUGCUGUUUUCUUUUACAGCAUACAUGGCUUUCUGUCUUCCGUAUGUUGCACUGGACUUUUUAAACACUAGACUACCAAACUUGAGAAAAUACAAAAUCCAGCCGCAGAACUAUCCAACUCUUGGAAUGAUGGUGCCUUGCAUUAUUCAAACUGUGUAUCACCAUGUUGUUUUGAUCUUCCCGGUGACGUUUCUCCACUGGUACUGGAGACCAAUGAACCUACCAGUGAUAGCUCCAGAGCUGCCUGAGGUCCUGCUGGAAGUAGGAGUUUGCCUGCUUCUGUUUGAUUUUGAGUACUUCCUGUGGCAUUUGCUUCAUCACAAGGUGCCUUGGCUCUACAAGACCUUCCACAAGGUGCAUCACAAGCAUGUGUCAACGUUUGCUCUUACUACACAGUAUUCCAGUGUAUGGGAAUUGCUCUCACUGGGAUUUUUUGCUGCUAUCAACCCAGUGCUCCUUGGAUGCCAUCCUUUGACAGAAAUGAUUUUCUUCCUUGUAAACAUUUGGUUGUCAGUGGAGGACCAUUCGGGAUACGACCUUCCGUGGUCAACUCACCGACUUGUCCCUUUUGGUUUGUAUGGAGGAGCACCACAUCAUGAUCUCCAUCAUCUGAAGUUCAAAUCAAACUAUGCUCCUUACUUCACCCACUGGGACAAACUCUUUGGGACCUUCACAGAGUCACAUUCUAAUUAAGGAUAUUUACCUGUGGACGAACUCUUAUUUUUUUAUAGACUAAACUGGGACAUUAAUUUUUCAAAGACAUACAGAAGAUUGUAUAUUUGAAGCUGCCUAUAAAAGCAAUAGCUAUUUAUAACAAAUCCUCUUAAUAUAUGUGUAAUUGUAUGAAUACUUGGAACUGCCUAUGUUAAAUGACUGCAAAUGAGAGGGUAAAUAUCUAUUGCUUAAAUUUGUUUGAGUCAAAGAUGUAAGGGACAUAUUAAGAGACAUUCUCUCUUCUUCCCUUCUUUCCAGCUUUCAUAAAGCAUAUAUUGUAUUACUGUAUGAUGUUUUAUACAUACACCAAUUAUCUUACUGUUGUAGGAUGAUUUAUGAUGUAAACAGAAAAGGUACACAUCAUGGAUUUUGUGGAGUUUAAUCUGCCAGAGCAUAUUAUUGCACAAUGAUGUUGUAAAAUAUUGCUGCCAAACAAAGCUAGUUGGCUAACUGUGCAAUAAUUUUGAUAUUUGUAUUUUAAACCUUGAUGUACUGUCUGUUUUUAAUAGAAAAUAAAUAUGGUCAUUCU